UUUCAUUAGUGUAACGUAUACACUAUAAAAUGCUCAAGGAGGUAAUCCAAAUCCCACAAUCAUUUCUCAACUAUUCUCAUGAGUUUUCAUUUCCAAUAUAAAGACAAUAACCAAGAUGAUUUCUCAGCCAAUCUUAUUAGCUUUGAUUCUAUUCCUCCUCUUCCUUCUCCAACUCUUUUUGUUUAAGAGAAACAACAGAGCAAAGGAGCACUUACCUUACCCUCCAAGUCCACUAGCAAUACCAAUAAUUGGUCAUCUUCAUCUCCUCAAACCCCUCGUUCAUCAAGCCUUUCGCGACCUCUCUGAUCGAUAUGGACCCCUUAUAUCCCUUCGACUUGGUUCUGUUCCAUUUAUCGUUGUUAGUUCCCCAUCACUCGCAAAAGAGUUUCUCAAAACAAACGAGCUUGUUUAUUCUUCCCGUAAAAUGAACAUUGCCAUCAACACAGUUGUCUACGAUGAUGCUACUUUUGCUUUUGCCCCUUAUGGGGCAUAUUGGAAAUUCAUCAAAAAGCUUAGUACCUUUGAGCUCUUAGGCAACCGGACUAUUGGACAAUUCUUACCAAUUCGAACUCGAGAACUCAACGAGUUCAUUCAAACUUUGGAAAAUAAAUCCAAGGUUGAAGAAAGCGUGAACCUCACUCAAGCUUUGUUGAAGCUUUCCAACAACAUAAUAUCACGGAUGAUGUUGAGCAUUGAGAGCUCAGGAACGGAUAGUCAGGCUGAACAGGCGAGGACGUUGGUUCGAGAUGUGACCCAAAUUUUCGGGGAAUUUAACAUUUCGGAUUUUAUAGGAUUUUGCAAGAACUUGGACUUUCAAGGUCUCAAAAAGAGGGCAUUGGAUAUACAUAAGAGGUAUGAUGCUUUUCUGGAGAAGUUAAUUUGUGAUCGUGAGGAAUCACGAAGGAAAGCCAAGGUUGAGGGUGGUUGUGAGGAUAGAGACGAAAAAGUGAAGGAUUUUCUUGAUAUGUUGCUUGAUGUUUUCGAGGCCAAAGAAUGUGAGGUCGACUUUACUAGGAACCAUAUCAAAUCGUUGAUCUUGGAUUACUUCACAGCAGCUACAGAUACAACUGCCAUUUCAUUGGAAUGGACAAUAGCAGAACUGUUCAACAAUCCAAUAGUACUGAAGAAAGCACAAGAAGAGGUGGAGAGAAUAAUAGGGAAGGAAAGACUAGUAUGUGAAGCAGACAUUCCAAACCUUCCUUAUAUACAAGCCAUUAUAAAAGAAACAUUGAGGCUUCACCCACCACUACCGAUGAUUGCUAGGAAAGGAACAAAAGAUUGUGUGGUCGAUGGGAAAAUGAUCAAAAAAGGCUCAAUAGUUUGUGUGAACAUUUGGGCUAUUGGAAGGGACUCAAAGACUUGGAAAAACCCACUAGAGUUUAGGCCUGAAAGGUUUUUAGAAUCUGGAAAAGAGAGUGAGAUAGAUAUCAAAGGGCAUGACUUUGAGUUGUUGCCAUUUGGUUCUGGAAGGAGAGGUUGCCCGGGGAUGCCUUUGGCCAUGCGCGAAUUGCCGACUGUGAUUGGAGCUUUAGUACAAUGCUUUGAGUGGAAGAUGCUUGACUCUGAAGGUAAAUUAUUAGAUCAAGGCAAAACAAUCGAUAUGGAUGAACGGCCUGGAUUGACUGCUCCUAGAGCCAAUGAUCUUUUUUGCAUUCCAGUUGCAAGAUUGAAUUUGAUUCCUUUGGUUCAAUUGUAGUGUAAAGCAAUUGCGAUAAGGUAUUAUGAAAAUUUCUUUCAAAUUGUUUUUCUGGGCCAAGGGCCUAAUAUAAGAUAACUUUAUUUAUUGUAUGUUUAUUUUAAUUUAAUACUCA